CCUUAGCAUCAAUUACAAAUUAUUUCAACUAUAUGUAUAGCUCCACACAAGUGUUAAUGUUAAAGAAAACUAUGUGCUUAAUGCCUUUACGAACAUGGAGUGGAUGUAAAAUAUGCAAUUCCUAUCCCUAUAUUUUAAGAAAUGGUAUUAGAAAAAUUGCAAAAAUACAAACCUGAUGAUACUUCUUAAAUUAACGAGUAGUGCAAACAAUUAUAAUCAUUCAUCUCUCAAACUGAAAGUAUGAUGAAGAAGAUUUGGGAAUAAUUAUAAGAAACAAUUCGAUAAAUUUAUGACAUAAUCGAACUUUAGAAUAAAGAAUUGUUAUAAAUAUUUAAUGUUAAUACAAAUGUUGUGGAAUAAUCAAACUCAUAUUUAGAAAAGUUAGUGCAAAUAGUAGAUGGAAGCAUAUUAAAAAAAUGGUAUGAUUAAAAGCAUUCUUAUUUAAAGAAAUUGUAAGUUGUCAAGGAUUGGUGGGGGAAAGAAAUUUAAAUUUUUAAUUAAAAGUUGAAUGUAGAAUUAAAAGAUGUUCUAUUAGCUAAAUACUCUAGCAUUAAAUAAAUUAAGUAAUCAUAAUAAGUGUAUAAAAAGAAAAAUGACAUUUAAGAUGUUUUGGCUACCUUAAAAAGCAUUGAUGAGAAAACUUAUAGUUUGAUGAUUGAAUUUUUGGUAAUAGAGAAAAUUACAGAUUGCUUAGAAUUUUUUUCAAAAGAUUUGCAUUUACAACAUUUAGAUAAUAUUUUUGUAAAGGAUGAUAAGAUGAAGUAGAAGGUAUAUAAUGACAUUUGUUUUACAGUUUAAAUAAUGAAAAAUAUUUAUGAAAUUGACUUUAAUAAACAGAAUUAUUCUACAGAAAAUUAUUUAACGAAAAAGUAAACUUUAAGGAAAAAAUUUAUAAAUGUUGAAAACAUAGUGCAAUUUUUGAAAUUCCUAGUUCGUCUGACAGCCAUUGACGAGAGGUUUAUUUAAAGUGGAUCGAAUGCACUCAAUUUAUUAGUAGAAAUGAAAGUGGAUUUGAGAGAAUAAAGCUUUGAGAAUAUAAGGAUUAGAGAUACUUCUUUGGUUGGUGGAAAUUUUGUAAGAUGCAAUUUCAAUGGAUCAGAAUUUGAUAAUGUGGAUAUAAGUGGAAUGAACUUGAAUUAAGCUUAAUUGUUCAAUUGUAAAUGGAACAAUAUUAAAAUA